AUGUCUUCCGCCUAUCUGAAGCGGGCGCCUCCCUCACCUCCUGAAAGCGCAUCAGAGACUACCGUCGAGGUAUACGCUCUCAAGGCCGGCCACUUAACCCUACCCGAGCGCUUUUUCGUUGAUCCAGCUUCAGAAACCGAGCGCAAGACCGUACCGUCUCUUUCCUUCCUAGUGGUGCAUCAGGAUGCAGAGACAAACCAGAAGACUCGGAUAGUCUUCGACCUGGGCAUCCGGCGAGAUCCCAAACGUUAUAUUGAGCCCAUUCAACGGCAUAUCGAAACCAGACAGCCCUUGGAUACUCUACCAGAUGUCACCGCGAGCCUGGCGGUUGGUGGUCUAAGCCCAGAGGAUAUUGACUACGUGAUAUACUCUCAUGUUCACUGGGACCAUGUCGGAGAGCCCCGCGACUUCCCACGGAGCACGUUUGUGAUUGGAAACGGGGCACAAGCUCUUCUUCAGGGCGGAGGGUCUCUACGAGGCAGCCAUUCAUUCUUCGAGUCAGAUCUACUACCCGAGGGAAGAACAAUCGAGCUGUCGAACCCUUACGAAGAUGCUGAGGAACAGACAAAGAAGAGACAAGAGCCUACGAGUGGUCCAGAUUUUGAUCAGGAAUGGAAACCCUAUGGCAAUCUACCUCGCGUGCUCGACCUGUUCCACGAUGGCAGUCUCUACAUCGUUGAUGCCCCCGGCCAUUUGCCGGGUCAUAUUAAUCUUCUCGCCAGAACCGGCCCCAUGAGCAGCAUUUACCUGGCAGGAGAUGCCUGUCACGAUCGCAGAAUCAUGAGGAAAGAACGUGCAAUUGGAGAGUGGCUGGACGACCAUGGGCAGAUAUGUUGCAUACACGCCGACAGGAAAUUGGCCGAACAAACGAUUGAGAGAAUCCAAGAACUCGAGUCGAAAGGCGUGGAAUGUGUAUUCGCCCAUGAUUUCGAAUGGGAGGAGAACCCACAAAACCAGUCUAGAUUCUUUGGGCCGCAUAACGCAUGA